GUUGCUUCUACAGAAUGGAGAAGCUUGUGGUGAAGUGUGGAAAGUUUGUUGUGCUGGUAGAUCUUCACAUUCUGCCUCAAGGACAUCAAAAUGGCAGCACAUGGUUCUUGCAAGAGCACAGAGAGGAGGUUGGUGCUCUGACAAAGGAUGCUGUAGAACAGAGAGUGAGACAGUUCUGGAGGACCAGACAAGGCCAAUCUAAACAGACGAAAGAACUCUCACCUGACAACCCUAUGUGUAUUAAAGGGCAAACCCUUCGCCUGGCAGCAUAUUUCAUGAAGCGGCAUGUCAAUCUCCGAUGUGUUAUCAGACAACACUACCAAGAACUGCGUGUUUUUCCUGAGCGAUUUAUUGUGUGCGUGAGCCUUCCCGAGAAUGACAUGGCACUCUUUGGAAACUUGAAGAUGGCUGAGCAGAGUGGACAAAGCAGGUCGGGGUAUUUUUCUGGCCCCAGAGAAACCAUAGACCCAUUAAACAGCUCCACAAUAACAAAGAGGGCUGCCCUUCAAAAGAUAACCAGGCAGGCUGAUGCCCGUCCGGAACCUGAACAUAAAAUCCUGGUCCAGAACCAGCUACCAAGGGAUGCAGAACACUUUGUCCUGCAAGAAAAAGAGACUGAUGAGGAUGAAGUCAUGGAUGUGUCCAUGCAGACAGCUUCCAAGGGAGAUAAGACAGGAUGCAGUGAUCAUAGUGAGCAGGUCGAGCAGAACUUGGAGGCUGAGGAUUGUGCAAAGAAGCAUGACAUGGACCAUGACUCUGAAAGCAACCCACAAGACCAUCAGACAACUGGGAGGAGGAGAAGACGCCUCCCAAGCAGCCCCAUGGAAGACUUUAACCAUCGCGAGGCCAAAAAGGCAUGUGUUCGAGAGCUUUUCAUUGGCGCUGAAACACACAGUUGUUCCACCAUGGCCCUGAUGCAGAGCUCCACACUGGGCCCCUCUCCCAGUUGCCCUGGUGCUGCUGCUCAGGCUUCUUCUGAGGGCAUGUUGGAAGAGGAGCUGCUUACACAUGGAAAACAGUCCCCACGCCUCCCCCUCAGCAACAGCAACGCCAAGCACACUAACCAAAGCAGACUGGCCGCAAGUCUGAGAGGCCUAUCUGUCAGGGCUGUAUCCUCCAGCUCUUCUAUUAGUUCCAGAUCGGCCGCCAAAGAGGAGAAGCCGAGUGUGCCCAGAAUAUCCCGAUUACGCCGACUCAAGAAAUCCUAAGGGGGACCAGCGGCAUAAAGCAGGAGAGGAUCCCUGACGCCACUGAGAUAGAUGUUGCCAUACACCCUCCCACUGUAAUGCUGUCUGUCAGUAGGGGUGCAUCAAACAUACACACACAUUUGUAUUUAUACAGUGUCAGGACAAGGGAUCAUGCAUCCAUUCCAUGUUUAAUAAAUACAUAUACAGUACUGUACGAAAGUUUUAGGCAUGUAAGCAAAUUUUUAACAGCUUACCUUAGCAGUGAGUUUAUCACAAUAUACAUUAAAAUAAAGGCAUAUUCAUAAUUCAGAUAAACAUAGAGACACAGAGACUUGUUAAUAUCAUC